CGGAAGUGGGAGCCUUGGGUUCCCGAGCUCCGCUAUGGCGGCUGCGGCUGCACGGUGGAACCAUGUGUGGGUUGGCACCGACACUGGCAUCCUGAAAGGAGUGAACCUUCAGCGCAAACAGGCGGCGAACUUCACGGCGUCAGGACAGCCCCGGCGCGAAGAGGCGGUGAGCGCCCUGUGCUGGGGUGCGGACGGCGAGACACAGAUCCUAGUGGGCUGUGCCGAUGGGACAGUGAAGCACUUCAGCACCGAGGAAGGCAGGUUCCAGGGCCAGAGGCAAUGUCCUGGAGGGGAGGGCACGUUCCGAGGCCUCGCCCAGGUCGACGGCACCCUCAUCACAUGUGUGGAUUCUGGGAUUCUUCGAGUCUGGCCUGACCAGGACAAGGAGGCAUCCUCUGACCCACUCCUGGAACUGAGGGUGGGCCCUGGGGUAUGUAGGAUGCGCCAAGACCCAGCACGCCCCCACAUCGUUGCCACAGGUGGGAAGGAGAAUGCUCUGAAGGUGUGGGACCUGCAGGGGUCUGAGGAGCCUUUGUUCAGGGCCAAGAACGUACGGAAUGAUUGGCUCGACCUGCGGGUUCCCAUCUGGGACCAGGACAUACAGUUCCUCCCAGAGUCACAGAAGCUCGUCACCUGUACAGGGUACCACCAGGUCCGUGUCUAUGAUCCAGCCUCCCCUCAGCGCAGGCCAGUCCUCGAGGCCACCUACGGAGAGUACCCGCUGACAGCCAUGACCCUCACUCCUGAGGGCAAUUCAGUGAUUGUGGGGAAUACUCAUGGGCAGCUGGCAGAAAUUGACCUUCGGCAAGGGCGCCUGCUGGGCUGUCUAAAGGGACUGGCAGGCAGCGUCCGAGGGUUGCAGUGCCACCCUUCAAAGCCCCUCCUAGCCUCCUGUGGUUUGGACAGAGUCUUGAGGAUACACAGGAUCCGGAGUCCACGGGGCCUGGAGCAUAAGGUUUAUCUCAAAUCUCAAUUGAACUGCCUCCUCCUGUCAGGCAGGGAUAACUGGGAGGAUGAACCGCAAGAGCCUCAGGAGCCCAGCAAGGUGCCCUCAGAAGACACAGAGACAGAUGAACUUUGGGCCUCCUUGGAGGCAGCUGCCAAGCGGAAGCUCCCCGAUUGGGAGCAGACCCAAGGCGCUCUCCAAGCCAGACGGAGAAAGAAGAAACGGCCUGGGUCCACCAGCUCCUGAAGAGCUUGUGCUCACUUUGUAAAUAAACAGCUUAAAACGUA